GUCAUAUUGUCAUUCUGAUUAUUUUCGUCUGCAUUGUUGUUGCUUGUCGUAAAUCUUGAAUUUUGUUAUCGAUUCGAUCGCGUACACAAAUCUUUGUGCCAUUUCUCGGAUAGUGACAUUAUUAAAUACUACGUGAAAGCAAUAAUGUUUGUGUGAUUUUCGUUCCUACAAAUACAAGUGAACAUGGUUCUCACCAAAGAAUACAGGAUAUGCAUGCCACUGUCCGUGGAAGAGUACCAGAUCGGCCAGCUGUACAUGAUAGCGCGUCACAGCCACGAGCAGACGGACUCCGGGGAAGGCGUGGAGGUGGUUCAGAACGUGGCCUGCGAGGAUCCCGAGCACGGGAAGGGGCAGUUCACGGAGAAGAGAAUCCACCUGUCCAGCCGCCUGCCGUACUGGGUCCAGUCUCUCAUUCCUAAGGUGUUUUACGUGACAGAGAAGGCGUGGAACUAUUAUCCCUACACCGUGACAGAGUACACAUGUUCGUUCUUGCCAAAAUUCAACAUAUCAAUCAAGACCAAAUAUGAGAACAAUAAUGGAAGCACUGAUAAUUGUCUGAACCUGCCACCGGAAGUUGUUAGUGAACGAGAAGUCGACUACAUUGACAUUGCCUAUGAUGAAGUUAGCCCAAAGAAUUACAAAGAGGAUGAGGACGUGAGGUUCUUCCAGUCGAAGAAGACGAUGCGCGGGCCGCUGGUGGAGGGCUGGCGCGACACCGUGCAGCCCGUGAUGUGCUCCUACAAGCUGGUGCGGGUCUCCUUCGAGCUGUGGGGGCUGCAGUCCAAGGCGGAGGACAUGACACACCGGACGGUGCGCGAGAUCCUGCUCCUCGGGCACAGGCAGGCGUUCGCGUGGAUCGACGAGUGGCACGGCAUGACGCUGGAGGACGUUCGCGCCUACGAGGGCGAGAUGCAGAAGGAGACCAACACCAAGGUGGGCGUGUCCGCGGAGGCCCCGGCCCCCGCGGAGGGGGAGGAGGCGGCGGCGGCGGGCAGCCGCGGGGGGGAGGCCCUGCCCCUCGAGGCCGGCCGCGACGAAGUGGUCCCCGCCUCGCCCGGCGCCCCUGCCUCCCCCAAGUCCCCCAAGUCGUGGUUCUCCUGGUCCUAGUUCCGCCCUCGGCCGCUCCCGCGACUCCUGUGUUCUCGCGAGACCGACAGCGUCGGAAGGAAAAAUGAUUGUGUUUAUUGGUAACUCUUCACUACCGCUGUUAUCUCAAUGUAUGUUUCUAACAAGAUUAUAAUAAACAGUUGCACCUUUUUUUUUUUCCCCUUCUCUUUUAUCGAAUGUUGACCUUUGUAAAUCUUGCAUUUAUUUAAUGUUGUGCGGAGAGUGUCAGAGAGAGCUCCACCGGUUUGUUUAAUUUUGGAAUACUAUAAAUGCUGUUGAUAUCGGCACACUCACACGUUUGUGAGCAAAAAAAAAUUUUUUGAAUCAAGCAUGAAUUUAGAAGGGGUACAGGGCACCUUAAACUUAUUUUUGGACACAUGGUGUUGAAAAGAGAGGUUGUGGCAGCCCCCAACAAGAAUGGUGGUGUGUAUUAGUUUUUUUGGAUCAGUGUUGUGAAUGACUGUGAUUCUGAGCUUCACUGCCCUUGGCUAAGAUAUGCAUAGAAGAAAAAUAUAUUUUUUAAGAAAAUUAAAAAAAUUUUCUGUUAUCAGUGGCUGCUGGUGAAGGGUUGCAAUGGCAUGCUGGGUUUGCUCACUGUUGUACUUUUCGCAUCUUGCACCCAGAACCAGUUAACAACUCUUAAGUCGGAGGAUGAUAGCAGACUUAACAAUGACAAUGCAUGAUGAAAGUAGUGUGUAGUAGAAUACUGAACUGUGUUUCAGUGGUGGUUACAUCGGCUAGAAAUUAAUCCAGUACUGUCCAGAGCAAAUAGCAGCAUCUCACUAGUCGCCGUCAAGCUUACUGCUAUGUUGUUACUUGCAUAGGCAAGUAAGGCAGAUAAACUGGCAGAACGAGUGUGUGCUUAAGGAAAAUACAUGCUUAUCACCUCAUAUCUCAGCUCUUUCUUGUAAUUAAUUUCUAAAUUUGUGCUUGUUUCGAACCCAGCCAUUUCGUCCACCGAUGCUCUCAAGUUGUGUGUCGCUCAAGUGCCGCGUAUUUUUUUAAAGAGCUCUUGUGAUAUAUCAGAGAGGUUAUAUUUAAAAUAAUUUAUUUUAAGGAUCAGAAAUGUUAAUGCAAUACUCGUUAUUGAAAGCAGAGUCGUGUGUAUUCAGUGGAGCGAUUCAAUUUGUGUUCUCAGCUGCCAUGUUAAUUCUGGGUUAUCUGUCGGUGAUUUCAGCAAUAACUUAAAUGUACAGUGAUUGCUGUAGUAUCAUUUCCUAGUGUUGUUUGUUGGUGUGGAUAACUUGUUAAGGUUUUUGAUGAGAAUUUGUUUUUCUUUUAUAAAUAUUUUGCAAAAUUGUUAUUUCUUGUCGGAGUCUCAUGCAGCAUGAGAAACAAAUAUAUUUUCGGGAGAUGAAUAACUAAAUACAUAAGGAAAGAAGGUAUAGAUGUUUCACUAUUUAAGCAAUACUCUGUUCUGGCAGUAAAUUAAGUUGCAAUGUGCCAGAUCAGAUUAGUUGUGUUCUUUCCUUUGCAGAUAUUAUUGUAACAUAUUACAGGUUUACUCUAUCAAUUUAAUAAUGUGUUAAUUAGUUAAUAUUUUUAAUAACAUAACGGAGCCUUUAUAGUUUCAGCAUACUUAACAUGUAUAUGUGAACAAACCACCAACACACAAAAUUAUCUGUACGAUCUCUUAUAGGGAAUAUUUUGACCAAAUUAUAAAUUAGAUUCAUAGAUUUCUAAAUGCCAGAGAUAGUUAUUUUGUGUACAUUUUUACUUAUAGUCAUGAUUAAAAUAACUGUAAUAAUAAUUGUCUAUAGUUUUAGAUGUUGGGGUAUCAUAAAUUGGCAAGAUGAUAUUAGUUAGUGAGACUUCAGAAUGCUUCUACUUAAUGAUAAAAAGAGCAAUAAUAUAAUAUUAAAUGUUAGUGAUAAGCUAUUAUUAGAGACAAGAUUUUAUGUUGAAUUGCGAUAAAACCGAAAUAACACUGAAAAGCAUGUCAAAAAAACCGCAUAACAAAUUAAUGCAAGGUUAUUAACCAUAUAGCACUGAAAUGCAAGUUAUAUACCUACCAAACUUAAUUCAAGUCAUUUAAAAUAAAGUUAUCUUUUAAUGUUUGAAAUUUAAAAAAAUAAAUAUUUACCAUUGUUGUAAGUUUUGAAUCUCUCCCUGCAAAUUUCAAUUCGUAAUGGAGUUCUUCGUAAAUUCAAACAUCUCUCUUUUGAACAGUGUAUUUCCUUAAUGUUAAAAUUUGAACAAAAUUUUGAAAUAAUUGAGUGUUUGGUAAACCCAAGUUUAUGUAAAUAUAAUAGUACUACUACUAUUUAUAUUCUUCAGUGGAUUUAUUUGAGACUGUUCAUUGCAAAAAGACAUACAUAGUUGGUGGUUAUGAUCUCAGUAUUGUAUAGCAGUAUGUAAUAUUUUUUAAUGUAUUAGUCGAAUAAUGAUUUAUAUAUAAAUUCGAAAAAAAUUUGCACAAAGCACAGUAUUUGUAUAAUUUGUUGCAUACUUAUUAUGAUAGAGUGUGGUUGUUUGUCAUAAUUGCCAAAAAAAGAAACCAUUUGCUGUUUGUAAAUAUUGUUAGAUUUGAAAUCAUACUUAUACGUUUAAUGUUUUCUUUCCUUUUUUUCCAUUUAUUUCUAGUGCCAUCAUACUUAAAGCAGGCUAACAUUUAAUAAGGUUAUAUCUUAGCAAGGACCCUAUGAUUAAAGGGUUCAAAAACUGUCAUUUGGCCUUCAGUAAUAUUUCACUCUGUAAUUUCAUUUUGACUGCUUCUUACUUAAUUAAUUUAGUCAUUAAAUUUAACUAGGUAUAUCUGGUUCUGGUACUAAUGUCACCUUGUCAUGCAAUUAAAUGUGUUUUCUUAGGUUCCGGUAGCAGAUUGUGUUCACAACUAUUGUCAGGGCCAUAGAAAGGAUUUUGUGAAGGAGGGAGUCCAGUACAGCAACUGUAUAAUUUUUUAUGAGUAAGUUUUCGUUAGAAUUGAAUUUUAAAAGAAAAUUGACUGUCACACAUCUCAGGGAACAGGAGACAUUUAGAACACCAAUGGAACACACAAAAAUUUAUCUAAUAAUUUUGAAUUAUAUAUUGUUUGAUGAUUUUGUUGAAGAAAGUCAUGAAUACAUAUAUAUAUUAAUGUAAUUAAAUAAAUGAAACAUAGGUCAAGUUUGUAUGAAAGACAUGCUUACAGUAACACAUGUGCAAACCAUUUAAAAAUUACAGUAAUCCUUCUAACAAAAUCUCUCUGUAACCUUAUGUGGCUAAGUUGCUUUCAUCUUCUUUAUUCUGUGUGAACUUUUUUUUUUAAUCCAGAAAGGGAGGGGUUGUGACUGUUCGACUUCAACCCUGGCUACGUCAUGGCCGUUAUGGCAACAAAUCUUCUUAAAAAAAAAGGAAAAUGAUGUAUAACACUAGCACAGCUACAAUAAUAUUUCAUUACAAGUUUUUUAAAUUAUUUAAUUUUAGUAUUGCAUUAUAUAGCAUGGUUUUUUUGUUUGUUUUUUAUUCCUAGCAGUAAGGAAAAUUUUAAGUAAUGACCUAUGCGACAAUUUUUACCAUUGCUGCUAGCAGUAUAAAAAUUUAUUGAUAAGUUUUUAUCUUUUAGCUGUGAUACCUGAAGAUGCUCGACAAUGUUUUAAUUACGUAUAAAUUUUCUAAGUGGCAUUGCAAAGUAAAUGUCUUGCAGGGAAAACAGUACUUGAAUUUUUUUUUAUUACAUUUGCAUGUUGUAAGGCUGGGGAUAUUUGGUAUAAAUAGCAGUGUUUGCAGCGUUGACAUUUAGACCUGGGUAUGCAGUACAGUAAAGGCUCUUAAAUGUGGCAGUUUGGGACCAUGGCAAAACCGGAUUAGCAAAUUUGCCAGAUGAUUAUUUAACUUAUUUAUUUUGGUGACAUUCCACCAGCAGUUUGGAAACUUUUGAGUUGGGCACAACUUGCAUAAAGGAUUACAUGAAUAUGAGAGGAAAAGCACAAAUACAUUAGCAUAGAACAUAAAAAUAACAGUAUUUAUGGAUAAUAAGUGAUUAUAUUGAAGUUUUAAAAUUACAAAGAAUUUUAUUAUUUUUAUUAUAUUUAUUUAUGGUUUAAUUUUUUUUAAUAUAGCGUGAGCAUAAUUUUAGUGGGAGUGCUAAAAUAUACAACAGGAUAUUAUCCAAAAAAAAGUUUUAAUAUACUGCUAUAUGGCAAGGCAAAAUAAACAUGAAUGUUACUGUUAAAAAAAGGCUCUGAUGUGUUGCGUCCAUGAAAAAAUGCCAAAAAUAUAACCCUAAAAAUUCUGAAUGCCAUCAACGCCAAUUACGGAGUGUGUGGAAUGAAAGAAUGCCAAAUUGAAGGGUGUCUUCUGUGUAAAGGAAUACCAGCAGUGUAUGUAAGGGGGAGGGAGGCAUAUGGGUGUAAUUCCCCACUCCUCUCAAAAUCCUAAAAAAAUAUAUCAUCCCGCCUUACGAAAGGAAAAAAUUUAAAAAGCAAAUGGUGGGUUAAGAGGUUUUAUCCCCCCUCCCCCUUAAAUUAAUUUCUGCAUAGUCUCCUGACGAAUACUGUGAGUGUUAAGAAUCGGAUAAAUAAUGAAAUUAUAUACAAAUGUAUAUGAAUGUACUUAUUUUGCAACUGUGAUCUGUAUUCAACUUCUUAUUGUGUAGCAACCACGUGGUGUUUCUCCCAGGAUAUUUUGCCUGGUAACAUAAAUGUCCACCAUGUAGUUAAAAUAUGUCCACGAAUGUACAAACUAUAAAUUGUUACUGCACAGUAUUAUUUUCUGAGUAGUACAAAAUUUUUAACGUACCUACCUAUUUGUUCAAAUGUGGCACAAUAAUUUUUCACAGUUAUGUGUUGUAAUAGCUUAUAGAACAAUGGCGGAUGCAGGGGCGGGGUUUAGAGGGGAUAGGAUUAUUCCACCCCUCCUCUUCCCGAAGUUGUGAGAAAAAAUUUUAGUAUGUUACAACAAUUGCUACAAAAAAAUUUCUGUAUCCGCCACUGGAUAUAACUGAGCAAUGUCUCUUGUUUUGCAAAACUGGAUUACGGUUAGUGUGUAGUUUAAAUGCACAAUCUUGAGAAUGCUCUUUUUCUCGUUAUAGGAGCACAUGACGUGCAACCUCUUUUGAUGACACAUGAUGUGGGGACGUUUGCGAUUGGAUGGUCCCGUGCGACAAGAGCUUACGUAACGCUUUGCAAUGCCGUAAUUAUUCUUUUAGCUGUGUUCACUUUUAGUUAUUUUAAUCUAGUAUCGUUUAAAAUUCAUGUUUUGUAUCAGUGUGGCAAAAAUUAAUUGUAAUGUCAUGGAUCGAGAUUGUAUAUUGAUGUUCGAGAUGGAAGAGUGUUAAUUGUACUGUUGGUGUAUUGUAAACAUGUACUGAUGGACAUUAAAGUUCUGUAGACAAACAA